AUGGAAGAUCAUGCAGUUACACAGACGGAUAACCUGACAACCAUUGAAGCGCAUACAGUGGCUCACACUGUGGCUCACUCUGUAGCCCAACAAGUACAGCAAGUCCAUGUUGCCACAUACACCGAGCACAGUAUGUUUGAGUGCUGAUGAAGAUUCUCCAUCCUCUCCAGAAGAUACCUCUUACGAUGACUCGGACAUCCUCAACUCCACUGCAGCUGAUGAGAUAACUGCCCAUCUGGCAGCUGCUGGCCCUGUGGGAAUGGCUGCUGCAGCGGCUGUAGCCACAGGAAAAAAGCGCAAGCGGCCUCAUAUCUUCGAGUCCAACCCUUCAAUACGUAAAAGACAGCAAACAAGACUUCUCCGGAAACUGAGGGCAACUUUGGAUGAGUAUACUACCAGAGUAGGACAGCAAGCCAUUGUCUUGUGCAUUUCUCCUUCCAAACCCAAUCCGGUCUUCAAAGUGUUUGGAGCAGCUCCACUGGAGAAUGUUGUACGCAAGUAUAAGAGUAUGAUCCUGGAGGACCUAGAAACUGCAUUAGCGGAGCAUGCGCCUGUACAACAAGACAUCAACUCUGACCUGCCCCCCCUGACUAUAGAUGGCAUUCCGGUAUCUGUGGAUAAGAUGACACAGGCCCAGUUACGUGCAUUUAUUCCAGAGAUGCUGAAGUACUCCACAGGUCGAGGUAAACCAGGCUGGGGCAAAGAAAGCUGUAAACCUAUCUGGUGGCCAGAUGACAUACCUUGGGCUAAUGUUCGUAGUGAUGUCCGCACUGAAGAACAAAAACAGAGGGUUUCUUGGACACAAGCAUUAAGAACGAUAGUAAAGAACUGUUACAAACAGCAUGGACGGGAAGAUCUGUUAUAUGCAUUUGAGGAUCAGCAGACACAACAGGUGGCAACAACA